AUGCCGCCAGUGGUGCCUGCAAGUGGUGGGGGCAUGCAGGGUCCCUCAGCCUUUGACAAGUGGAAAAUGGGGGCAAUGAUGGGUGGAUCGGUCGGACUGAUCAUGGGCUUCAUCAUGGGAACUGUUGCGAUCUUUCAGUACGGUGCUGGACCAAACGGCGUGAUGCGCACUUUGGGCAAAUAUAUGGUUGGUUCCGGCGCAACUUUCGGAUUCUUUAUGUCAAUUGGAAGCGUUAUCCGAACAGAAGGACAUCCCAACUCCUACCAAGCGUGGGCGAGAGCUCGAGGGGCCCCCAUGAUGAUUCCCCGUCAAUACCACCCCCGGCCACGACACGACUAA